AUGGAGCACAGGCAAGAGCCCUACCGAUUCUCGGACCUGGACGGUUGCAUCAUCAACGCCAUCGUCAGGUGCCUCGACCCAGCGAGCCGCGCGGCGUUCGCGGCCACGUCGCUGGCGCACCUGAGCGCGGUGCUCGAGGCCACUCCCGGGAGGUGGUCUUCGGCCGGCCGCUACGGCGAGGCGGUGGCGCAGCGCCUGCACGCCCACGGUUGCCAGGCGGCGGGGUCGCGCGUGGGGUGGGCGGUGUCGGGCAACUGGAGGAUGUACUGCCGGGCUGGGGCCGACCCGGCGGACGAGCGGUCGAUCGUCCGCGUCGUGGCCACCAAGGUGCUGAGGCUGAAAAACAAGACUCCUGACGAGGCACUGAAAUGCCGCAUGGACCCGCCGCCGAUCACCGCUGGCAUGGAGGCGCUGGAGCUCCUCGAUAUCCGCGGGACCGACAGCGCGGUGCUCGAGGGCGAGGACUGGAUCCCGCGCCCCGCGCGCGCUACGCUGCGCACGCUGUGGGCGUCCGACUGCAGCAUCCGGCGCGUGCCGCCCGGGCUGACGUCGCUGGAGAAGGUCCUCAUCGGCAACGUCCGCGGGGCUCUCGACGACGGCUGGCUGCCGGAGAGCUCCAGGGCCACCGUGAGAGAGCUCAUAGUUGCGGGGGUGUGCGUGAUCCCUCCGGGCAUGUCGGCGCUGCAGUCGCUGACCAUCGCGGACCCUCCGCACGCUGCGUGGCUGCCGACCAGCAGUGCGGCAUCCCUGACGAAGCUGAGGCUGUUGGACGCGGGCGUCAGUCGGCUCCCAGAAGGGUUGGUGGCGUUGCAGGACUUGCACCUCAUCGGCUGCGACGCACUCGACGUGGACUUCCUGCCGGCCAGCUCCGGCAGGAAUCUGAAGAUCCUUUAUGUCGCAUCCGUGCUACGGAACUUCACGGUGCCGGCCCAUCUGGAGCGCCUUGAGUCGCUGAGCAUCCAGAUCCUGACGUUUGGCGACAACUGGCUGCCCACUGACGUCGGGAAGUCGCUCAAGUCCUUCUCCGUGCUCGGCGGAGGCCUUCGGAGCGUACCGCCGGGCCUCGAGCAGCUGGAGAAGCUGGCGCUCAUCGUCAUGGACGAGUUUCGGUCCCACGACAACUUCGAGCAGCUUCAGCCUUUCGUCGUCAGGCUGGACGGAGACUGGCUCCCUCCGAGCUCGCGGCGACGCAUCAAGAAGCUCGACCUGUCCGGCACGAACGUCGAGAGGAUCCCCGCCGGCUGCGAGGCGCUGGAAGAGCUGGUGGUGGCGCGUUGCGAUGCCCUGGACCUGUCGACGGAGCAGGCGGUUGCAGCGUCGUCCGACGAGCAGGAACAGCAGGGGACACCUGAGCCGUGGAUCGACGCGUGCUCGGCGGCGAACGUGCGGCGUCUCGACGCGUCGUUGUCCACCAUCUCGCGUGUGCCGGCGACGUUCACGGCGCUCACGCACCUCAACGUGUCGGGGUGCAAAGACCUCAGCGUAGACUGGCUGCCCGCGGACUGUCGCGGCACGAUCCGCGAGCUGUUGUGCGACCUCGACGUCCGCGGCUGCAAGCACCUCGCGGAGGACUUCGUCGACGCGGUCUCGGGCCGCAACGUCGCGAAGCUCGAUGCCCGGAACUCCAGUCUCAAGCGCGUCCCGGCGCACAUGACGCGGCUGCGACACCUGAGGGUGGAGGGCUGCAAAGAGCUGGCCGAGGACUGGCUGGAGGGGCUGCCGGACGGCGCCGAUGUGCUGGUGCAGGGCGACGACGGGGAGCAGCGGGUGGUCGUUGCGGAGGGUAAGGUUGCGAGGAUGCAUGUUGACCCCUAG